AUGUUCGACCUACCCUUUGGAAUAAAUUGCGACGAGGUAGCGGUAAACCCUGUGUUACCAUUGCCACUUCAUUAUUUAUGGGCACACGACAGUGCUGUUCCAAUUAUGGCAGGAUACACGUCGGGCGAAUCCAUCAUGUUUUUCAAUGAUAAUAAAAAGGAAGCGGUGGAUAACUACAAUCGUAAUCUACCCGAGUACACGAAACUCUUAAGUGGGUUCAAAGAGUUAACACCCGCGGAAAACGAUGAUUUAUUAAAAGACGUCAAGAAUCGAUACUUUGAUGGACAAGCAAUUAGCAGGGAUAAAGUGGACUCGUUUCUGCGUUUGAUGACUGACAUCUACAUUGGCAUUCCCACCAAGUUAUUCAUUGAAGAUCGUGUAAAAAGGACAUCCAUGUAUACUUACUUUUACAGAUUCAAGUAUGUCGGAAAUGAAAAAUCGUUGACGGAACUCAGAUCGAAACGUCUAGUCAAUGAGGCAACUAAUGGGGACGAACUGCCGUAUCUGUUCUACUUGCCUUCGUGCAAAGUUGACAAUCCUGAACCACCAGCUAUUGGCACGAAAGAUAGAGUUGUUAUGGAGCGUAUGACAACCAUGUGGACCAAUUUCGCUAAGACAGGGCAUCCAGCACUACGAAGGAAUGAUUUAAUCAAGACCGCUUGGAAAGUUGCGGCUAAGAAUGAGUUGAAUAUUUUAGAAAUUGGCGAAGAGUGUGAGUUGAUAGUCACGGAACCGCACGUGUUAACCACCAAGGAAAAGUUCACUAUCACUGCAGAAUCGAACGAAGAAAUUAUAAAUACGUCAGAGUAAAUUACAUGCACCGCUGAAUGGGUAAUGGCAAGCAUACCUUCCGUGUGUGUAUACAAAUUGCUCAUUGACAGAUUGUCAGUAAUAUAUAUAUAUAUUUCAUGCGGUGAUUCUGCAGGCUAAAGAAAGACAAAAAUAAAAAAUUAUGAAAAUACGUUUGAGACGUUAAAAUUUCAUAAAAUUUUGCCUUUAUUAUAGGAGAUACAGAAGAAGUUUAUUUAACAUCUUUGUGUAAAAUUUAAAUCUUCUUGAGAUAUAGUCCAAACGUUUUAAAAUAUGUGCACAAAUUACGAAUAUAUGAAAAAAAAAGCAAAAGACUACAAGUAGUAACCAUCAUGGGACUCAUAGAAGAAGAUAUAAAAAAAAUCUUUGUUUUAUAACAGCAUGUAUUUAAUAAUACCUUUGACAAAAGCUGGUCAAGAAUUCCAGGCUAUGGUGGUGAUAACCUAAUAAAGUUGAUGCUCUCCGUG